UAUUUUUUUACACUUAUUCCUUUCAACAUAUUUGAAGUGAAAUAUAUUAAAUAUGUCCAAAGCAAAGCGAGGUAUAGUUAAAAAAGAAAGCGUCGUGCAAGCUGUAAUUGUAGGCGAUACCUUUGAGGACGAAUUCGUACCCAUUUCAGAUGAUGUGCCGUUGUGUCUUUUUCCGAUUGUAAAUAAACCCCUAAUAGACUACACCCUUGAAUUUUUAUCAUUGGGCGGAGUAGAAGAGACGUUUCUCUUUUGCUGCAAUCAUUUAGCUGAAAUAAGAGCACAUAUCAAUCAGUGCAUAGAAAAUUCCAUGGGAUGGACGUUGACUAUGAAAGUACAAAUUAUUGCGUCAGAAGGUUGCCGCUCUUUUGGGGAUUGCCUGCGUGAUCUAGACGCUAAGGGUUUGUUGCGUGGUGACUUCAUUCUAUUAGAGCCUGGGGUUAUUUCAAAUCUAAAUUUACUACCUCUUUUUAAGAAGCACAGAAGUGUCUGCAGUACAGAUAAAGGCGCGGCUAUGACUCUAUUAUUCCAAGAAGUGGGUCCCGGUUACUCAAGUCGAUCGCCAUUCGCAGAAACAUUGAUUGCAGUCAACCAUAACAAUAGAGUUUUGUAUCACAAGAAGAUAUGCAAAGGGAAGGAGAAAAAGAUAGAAUUUCCUUUGGAAGUCUUUCUGGAUAAUCACACUGUAUCGCUUCAUUAUAACCUCAAAGAUACCCAAAUAGCGAUUUGUUCACCUUCGGUUUUGCCUCUCUUUUCUGAUAAUUUUGAUUUUCAAUCUAAAGAUGAUUUCAUCAGAGGACUAUUACUUAAUGAGGAGAUCAUGGGAAGCACAAUUUACUCCCAUAUAAUAAAAGGUGAUGGUUAUGGUGGGGGAAUUUGCAACUGGAGAAUGUACCAAUCGAUAAGCUGGGAGCUGCAUAAUAGAUGGAUAUAUCCCUUAACAUCUUCAUUGCGACGGAACCGACCCUUAGCCAAUGAUGUCAUAAUCGGCGAAAACACCAAUAUUGCAACUUUGGAAGGUCUUUGUAGAACAGUAUUGGGAUCCAAUGUGGUUACAGGUGCCUCUGUUAAAAUUGAGGAUUCUUUUGUAUUCGAAAACACUAAAAUCGAGGAUGGUGUUGUAAUCACCCACAGCAUUGUUGGACCUGACUGUCUUAUUAAACAAAACAGUCGCAUUACUGCCGGUAGUAUUUUGGGCAAGGGCGUGGUCAUAGAGGAAAACACAUUUAUCGAAAAUUCGCUGGUCCAGGCGAAUAAACCGGAAGAUUGUGAGGAAAAGGAUCAUAUUGGAGCGAGAGCGUAUCGACUACGCGUGAGCGAAUGCGAGAGCGAUUUGCAUCUGGACAAAAUGCUGUCUAAAGAAAUGUCGAAGCUUCAUAUAGGUGAUUAUGUCUGCGAGUCUGAGUCCGAAAGCGACGAGUUUACCGAGAGCGAGGACGAGCUGUCUUACACUCAUUCGCCCCCACCCGAUGAUACCAAAUUAUUCUUCAACGAGGUUGUUGACAGCUUAACGAGGGGUUAUGAGGAUAAAUUGGUUUGCGAUAAUCUCAUUCUGGAAAUCAAUUCUUCUCGGUACGCUUACAAUGUCACCGUUAAAGAGGUUAAUUUUAACGUUAUCAAAGCAAUAUUGAGUAUGUCGGAAAAAUUACCGGGUGGCGAAAAAUAUUUCACUCAGUUGAGCCAAAUGCUGUCGUAUUUCGCACCGGUUUUGAGGAAUUACAUAAAAAACGAAAGUGCCAUGAUCGACUGUCUUCAGGCUGUUGAGGAUGUGUUCAAUUCGCAUGAAAACCUUCAAGAAAAAUGGGUAAUAUUUGUGCUGAAAUACUUUUACGAAAAAGAUUACGUUACCGAGGACGCCAUAUUGGAUUGGUUCUCAACUGUCAAAGUAGCGUCAAAUCUUCAUACUCAAGUGAAGCCUUUCACGGAUUGGCUCCAGCAGGCUGAAGAGGCGUCCUCUUCGGAAGACGAGUGAAUGUGCCUUCGUUAAAUAAAAAUAUUUAACGGGAAGGUGUGUGUUUUUUUUAAUUUUAAUGACAUUAAUAGAGUAUAACAGUUUAGGCACAAAUUCGUAUCAAUAAAUGUAAAUUUAACGCAUCUAGGCAUCUUUUAGGAAAAUACUGCCGUAAAAAUGCACAUCCAAACGUAGUAUCCAUCUGUCAGCGGCCAUA